UUUCCCAAGUAUUAACAGCAGUGGCCUAUCACGGCAUCAAUGCAGCUGUGAAAAACGCACUGACGGACACUUGGAGUGAAAUAAUGAUGUGAACAGAACAGUGUCUGUCCCGAAACAUGUGCUUCCCAGUAACCGUAAGUCCAUUAGUCACAUACAAUGAUUGUUGGCACACCAGCCCCUCUAUUCCAUAUGUACAAGUCAACAUCAGCGAGACUGGCACGACUACUCAAACGCAGCACACACUCUAAAAUCUCAUUUAACUG